UCGUAAAUAAGAAAGAGCGGUGAGAUAAGCUCAAGAGGAAGAUUGAUUUGAUGGUUGUGUGUGUGAGCGACUGCGAUGCUCUGCUUCUGCUUAAAGCGGUGAACGCCGAAAUAACUGUUCUGUUCUGUUCAUCUUCAUAGGCUAACAAUUAACAAAAUCCAGCGAAUAGCGAUGCCCUUCUUGAUUCCGUAACGCCCUCUCUCUGCCCGCUUCCCUGAUUUUGAUCCCAUCGAACUCAGAUUCGUUCAUCUUCGAUUCCACAAUGAACAAGAGGGCCAGAAUUGAUGAUUCCAAUAAGGCACUCGUCAAUGUCUGGAAGCGGGAGGUCGGCGAGCUUUCCACCAGGAAUUUCGCUCACCGUCUUGGUGCCUCCCAGGAUCUUGUGCUGCGACUUGAUAUUUACAGGAAAUUGGAGAGGCACAAAGGUUGUGUCAACACUGUGAGCUUUAAUGCUGCUGGUGACGUUCUAGUUUCGGGUUCUGAUGAUCGGCGGGUAAUCCUCUGGAAUUGGGAGACCGGGCAAGUCAAGCUCUCUUUUCAGUCUGGUCAUAAUAACAAUGUUUUUCAAGCAAAAAUCAUGCCUUACACGGAUGACCGAUGCAUUGUGACUUGUGCUGCGGAUGGGCAGGUGAGACAUGCUCAGAUUUUGAAUAGUGGGCGUGUGGAAACUUCAUUACUUGGCAGUCAUCAAGGGCGAGCUCAUAAAUUGGCCAUUGAACCUGGGAGCCCUUAUAUUUUUUAUACUUGUGGUGAAGAUGGAUUGGUGCAACAUUUUGAUCUGAGAACUGGGGCUGCCAGUGAGCUGUUCACUUGCCAAUCAAUUGACAAUAGGGCAGGUUACAUGUCAUCGAUUCAGCUAAAUGCAAUUACUAUUGAUCCAAGAAAUCCAAAUCUCUUUGUUGUUGCUGGUUCAGAUGAGUACGCUCGGUUGUAUGAUAUUCGCAAGUACAAGGGGGAAGGAUCAACCGAUUUUGGUCAACCUACAGACUACUAUUGCCCCCCUCACUUGAUUGGUGAUGAACAAGUGGGAAUAACAGGUUUAGCCUACUCAGAGCUGAGCGAACUUCUUGUCUCAUACAAUGAUGAAUCCAUUUAUCUCUUUAAUAGGGAUAUGGGUUUGGGUCCAAACCCAAAUCCAGUGUCUCCAGUAUCUAUGAGUAGUGAUUCGAGUGAAAUGGGAGCUGAAAAUGUUGAACAUGGUAGUCCACAAGUUUAUAAAGGACAUAGAAACUGUGAGACGGUAAAAGGUGUCAACUUUUUUGGACCGAAAUGUGAGUAUGUCGUUAGCGGAUCUGAUUGUGGCAGAAUAUUUAUAUGGAAGAAAAAGGGUGGAGAGCUAAUCCGAGUCAUGGAAGCAGAUGAGGAUGUCGUGAACUGCAUUGAGCCGCAUCCUCACGUGACCAUGCUUGCUAGUAGUGGAAUUGAAAGCGACAUCAAGAUAUGGACUCCAAAGGCCCUUGAAAGGGCUACUCUGCCUGAGAAAAUUGAACAGAAACCCAAGCCUAGGGGGUGGAUGCACCGCUUAGCUUUACCAGAGGAACUGAUGAUGCAACUGUUUUCACUGCGAAGACGGAAUUCGAGCCCCGAACGCCGAAGAGAAAACUCUGCUGUAAGUAGGGAAAUUUUAGAGUUGAUAUUGACAUUCAAUGCCAACAGCGACGAGUCUUCAGACGACAACGGUGAUGAUACUGCUGAAGACGAUUGAAUGAUAUAAUUGAGAAUGUUUAUGCUGACCUCUUCUUGGCUAUAAAAUUGAAUAAUAACAUGAUAGCUAAUUGUGCAUAAAAUAGGAGGAACCGAGGCAUGCAUUAUGAAUCUGAGCUCUAAAAUUUUCAUAUGAAUUAAUAGCUAUAAGUUCUAGCUAUUAUAUUAAUUAAUUCUUCCUGUGUCGGCUGUAAAUUCAGUUGGUGCUCAUGAUUCAGCUCGUUUUGUUUGUUCCUUCCAAGUUUAAAUUUUUCAUAAUGAGUUCUGAUUGAA